GGAAAAGGGAAAAUCAUCGGAAAUAAAGGCGAAAGUGGUCUCGGUGAAGGACGAACAGGAGGUCGCGGGUGCGGCGAACAUCAAGCGAAAACAGCACGAACUUAGCACGGCGGCGGGUACGAGGACCUCGUUCAAAAAUCCAUCCCAGCAGCAGUUGAAGAAAGCGGUAGAUCAG